AUGCCUUCCACAAUCUCCAUGAUCAUUGCUAUCUUUGCAGCUGGCUCUGCAAUUGCUUCUCCCGUUGAGAUUGUUGCAAGACAGGGUGGAGGCCAGCCCAAAACCAUCCCCGUGGUCGUCGGCAGUCUCACCAACGCAAAGCAAACCACUUUCACCCCGAACACCGUCCAAGCCAAUGCGGGAGACACUGUUCAAUUCCAGUUCGCGUCAGCCAACCACACUGUCACCCAAGCUUCGGGCGCAGACGCUCCCUGCGCGCCCAUGCAGGGCGGCGCCAACAGUGGCUUCAUGCCAGUGCAGGCCAACGCGAAGACGUUCAUGGCGUUCAACAUGAAGGUCACGGAUGCAAGCACACCAAUGUACAUGUACUGCGCAGCGGCCAACCAUUGCCAGCUGGGAAUGACAAUGACCAUCAACGCAGCCGCCGGAGAUGCGAAGGCUUACAACAAAGCCGCUACCAAGCAACAGACAAACACUCCGGCUGACAACGUCGCCGGAGGGAGCAUCACCCAAGUUACCAAGAAGCAAGUUCAAGCUGCCGGUGGUGGUGCUGCCGGUGGUAAGGCUGCUGCUGCUGGUGGUGCCGGCGGUGGUGCCGGCGGCCUCCUGGCUGCCUUGGGCGGCGGCAACAAGGGGAACUAA